AUGUCGCACACCUUUGCAAUGCCAUUCAAUUGCUUUAAGACGAGGUAUCUCGAAUUGACUCUGAAAGAUGUGCAUUUGGUCGUUGUCCUGCAGAUAAUCGGCUAUGUCCGAGAGGCAGACGAUGCAAGAGGUGACCGAUAUGGAAAUUGUCUCAAUACGAUUACACGUGCAACACACGCCGGCUCGUGGUAUACUGAUCGUGCUCAGCGCCUGAAUGACGAGCUGUCUACUUGGCUCAAUGACGCACAACCCGAUGCGGAGGACGGCUUUGCACUUCCUGUCAAGGGUUGUAAAGCAAUCAUAGCACCUCAUGCAGGAUACUCAUACUCCGGGCCUGCAGCGGGAUGGGCGUACAAGAGCAUUGAUACUACUGGCAUAAAACGAGUGUUUAUCUUAGGACCAUCACAUCAUGUCUAUCUUGAUUGUUGUGCAUUAUCUCGCUUCCAAGAGUACGCAACGCCGAUUGGAAAUCUACCGCUUGAUAUUGAAACAAUCGAGGAGCUCCGGAAGACUGGAUCAUUUGAAGAUAUGAGGUCUGACACCGACGAGGAUGAGCAUAGCAUAGAAAUGCACCUCCCUUAUGUUCGGAAGGCAUUUGAAGGGGUGGAUAUCAAGAUUGUUCCCAUCCUUGUAGGAGCGAUUAGCAAGGAAAGUGAAGAGACUUUUGGGAAGAUACUUGCCCCCUACUUUACCCGAGAAGAUACAUUCUGUGUCGUCUCGAGCGACUUUUGUCAUUGGGGUACACGCUUUCAGUAUACUUUCUACUACCCAUCUCUGCCACCUACUUCGGGCACUGUCGGGGAGUCGGGCAUCCGGUUGUCGCGAACAAAUAUCUCAUCUUCCCUCUCGCCUGAUCACGAGAUCCACGAGUCUAUCUCAGCACUUGACCACCAGGCGAUGGAUAUUCUCACAUUACCCCCAUCCACCGCACAGGAAUCGCACGAUGCAUUCUCAGUCUACCUGGCUAGGACAAAGAACACAAUCUGUGGCCGUCAUCCCAUAGGCGUGCUGCUUGGAGCUCUUGCCGUGUUGGAAAGCGCUGUUACCGAGAGUGAAGUUCCUAAUGGCGAACCUCGGAAAGCAACGGUAAAGUGGGUGAGGUAUGAACAGAGUAGCCAAUGUCGGACCAUAUCCGACUCCAGUGUAAGCUACGCUAGCGCGUAUGUGCUCUUCUAAAUGCAAUGGGCCGUUUCUAUUAUGGAGAAUGCAUCCUUUGCACGCGAAUAAU